GAAGACAUUCUGAGCAUCAGCCUCUCCAUUUUGGAUAGGAGUCUGAAUUUCCGUCGUGACCCUAUUACUGAUGUGGCCCGCAGAAAUGAUCCCAAAUAUGUUUGCCGGGUGCUGAGUGCCAUGAUCAACAGCAAUGAUGACAACGGUGUUCUUGCUGGGAACUGGAGUGGCAAUUAUGCUGGCGGCCUGGACCCCAGGACCUGGAAUGGCAGUGUGGAGAUCCUCAAGAACUGGAAAAAAUCUGGCUACAGACCAGUCCAAUAUGGCCAGUGCUGGGUCUUUGCUGGGACCCUCAACACAGUGCUGCGGUGCUUGGGGGUGCCCUCUCGGGUGAUCACCAACUUCAACUCAGCUCAUGACACAGAUCGCAACCUCAGUGUGGAUGUGUACUACGACGCCAUGGGAAAUCCCCUGGAGAAAGGCAGCGACAGCGUGUGGAAUUUCCACGUCUGGAAUGAAGGCUGGUUCGUGCGGACUGACCUAGGCCCCUCGUACAAUGGAUGGCAGGUGCUGGAUGCCACCCCCCAGGAGAGAAGCCAAGGUGUGUUCCAGUGUGGUCCAGCUUCCGUCAAUGGAAUACGAGACGGUGAUAUAAACCUGAAUUUUGACAUGGUCUUCAUCUUCGCGGAGGUCAAUGCUGAUCGCAUCACUUGGAUCUAUAAUAGUAGCAAUGGCAGCCAGAAGCAGAAUUCUUUGGACACUUACUCCAUUGGCAAAUACAUCAGCACCAAGGCCGUGGGCAGCAACUCUCGCUUGGAUGUCACAGACAAGUAUAAGUAUCCAGAAGGUUCCAGUGAGGAGAGACAAGUGCACCAGAAGGCUUUGAGUAAACUGAAACCGAAUGCAUCUUUCGGCCCCACGUCUGCGAGAGAUUUGGCAGGGGAGGAAGGAGCGCCCAGCAUUUCUGGGAGGUUCAGGGUCGUUGGUGCACUGGCAGUGGGCAAAGAAGUCAGUCUGGCCCUGAUGCUCAAAAACCUGACAAGAGAUAGGAAGACAGUGACAGUGAACAUGACAGCCUGGACCAUCGUCUACAAUGGCACCCUUGUCCACGAAGUUUGGAAGGACUCCACCACAAUAUCCUUGGAUCCCGAGGAAGAAAUACAGCAUCCUGUGAAGAUCGCGUACUCUCGGUAUGAUAGAUACCUGAAGGCGGACAACAUGAUCCGAACCACAGCCAUAUGCAAGGUGACAGAUGAGGCUGAGGUGGUGGUGGAGAGGGACGUCAUCCUAGACAACCCCACCCUGACCCUGGAGGUGCUGGAGGAGGCUCACGUGCGGAAACCUGUGAACGUGCAGAUGCUUUUCUCCAACCCCCUGGAUGAGCCAGUGAGGGACUGCGUGCUGAUGGUGGAGGGCAGUGGCCUGCUACGUGGCAACCUCAAAAUCGAUGUGCCAGCCCUGCGUCCCAAGGAGAAGUCCCGGAUCCGCUUUGAGAUUCUUCCCACCCGGAGUGGCACCAAGCAACUGGUCGCCGACUUCUCCUGCAACAAAUUCCCAGCCAUCAAGGCCAUGCUGUCCAUCGAUGUGGCCGAAUGAAGGACCCGGCGGCGCUCCCACAGACUUGGGAAACACAGACCAGACAGGGCUCUCCUGGGGAGUGAAACUGCGGUCUAUGCUGUCCAGCUUGAGAAGUCUUCUGUGUCCCCACGGCUGCCAGACAUGGACUUCUAGCGAGCCCCCACCCAACCCCUCUCACCUCAAGCUAGGCCAGGUCCACCCUGGUCUAGGACUUGAUCAUUUUUGCACAUGUCCUCCUUGGUUCCCUUGGAGCCCUUGGCCCUGCUGAUCUCUCGCCCCCAUCAAUGCUGCGGACAGAGCAGCGGCGCCUCCCCUAGGAACUCAACGCACCUUGGGAAGAAGCCAGCCUGGACUGUUUGCUGAUCCCGAGCCUGCAGUUGGGAUAUCCAUUCCUCCCUCAGCCUCCGUGGAAGGCAAGGAGUAGUUGAGUUAAUCACAUAACACAGUACUCACACCCUUAGCGUCAAAAUAAAUGUUAAACGAUGCAAUCACACAACGCCGAUUCCACCGUAUAGUCAAAAUAAAUGUUAAGUGC